AUGUAUCAGAACAGCAGCAGUAAGGACCAAGUUCUAGCUGAUAGCUACCACAAUCUGGUGAUGGUGAGGACAGUCAUAGGGCAAAUGCUGGUGUGGUUUUUCAUCUGUGUUGACAUGCUCAUGCUCUUCACCUUCUUCAGUAAGCAGGCUUUCCGGACCAAUGCACGCUACAUCCUGUUUGCUCACACCCUGAUGGCUGACUGUCUACUCCUGCUGCUCACUGACCUGGUGGUGCUGCUUAUCCACUUCAGUGUGCUUGUACCUGUCAGUCACUGCAUUGUGCUUUGCAUUCUAAUGGGGAUUACCUCCAAAAACACGCCCUACACCAUCACCGCUAUGUGCCUGGAGCGCUACGUGGCCAUCUGCAUGCCGCUUAGACAUGCCAGCAUUUCCACCACCGGCAGGACCAUGGCUGCCAUCGCUGUUGUCUGGGCAUGCAGCUCCGUCAGAGUCAUCAUGGAUCUCAUUAUCGUCUCUGUCAAGGCCCCGCCAGAAUACUUUGCCAAGCCCACCUUUUGCCAUUACGAGAUCAUGCUGGUGACUGAGUGGCAACGCCUCAUGUUUGUCACAUUUAAUCAGGUGGACUUCGGUAUUAUUGUGGUGAUCUUGCUGUUCUGCUACACCAAGAUCAUGCUGGCAGCUCAGGCUGCCUCUGGAGAGAAUAAGCAGUCUGUUUCAAAGGGGCGACGCACGCUCCUGCUCCACGGCCUGCAGCUCUUUCUGUGCAUGGCCGACCUGUGGACCCCCUAUAUUUUGGUUGUUGUUCAGAAGCAAAGUCUAUACUGGUAUCAGACCCUCCGAUUCUUAAAUUUCAUUGCUUUUACCGUUGUCUCCAGGGCCCUGAGUCCCCUUAUCUAUGGCCUUAGGGAUAAAAAGUUUUGCCUUGCCCUGAAAUAUUACAUGAGCUGCAAGGUCUAG